UGUAUAUAAACGCCCCGACGCAGCUGCGCGUUGGGCACGGCUGAGAAUAAACCAGAUUGAUUUAACUCGUGUGGUUUGUUCUCGUUUGUCCCAGGAGUACUCCUUUGGUAACGCAUCUGAACAGCACACAGCGCAAUCCUAACAAUUUGGUGACCCCGACGUGAUACUCUCAAUCAGCAAGGUGUCGUGGUUCCUUGUGUCAGCCCGUAUAACACCCCAGUGAACCCGGUCCCAAAACCGGAUGGCACAUGGCGCUUCACUCAAGACCUACGUAAAAUAAAUGAACUCAUCGUUCCCGUGGCUCCAGUGGUCCCUGACGUUCCUUCUCUUAUGUCUUCUAUUCCGUGUGACCAUGCUUAUUUCUCUGUGAUUGAUUUGUGCUCUGCCUUUUACAGUGUUCCUGUGGGCCAUGAGACUCAGCCCCUGUUUGCUUUCACACACAGGGGAAGACAAUACACGUGGACGCGGUUGCCACAGGGUUUCAUUGACUCACCGGCGGUCUUCACUGCCGUAUUGCAGGACGCGCUGGCUGAUCUCUGUCUUCCCCGGGGCUCCACGGUGCUCCAGUACGCGGAUGAUCUCCUGGUAACGGCGGAGGAUCAAGACGCUUGUGCUGCCGCCACAUUGUCUCUCCUCACACUCCUGGCGCAGAAGGGUUUCAAGGUCUCCCGCACGAAGUUGCAGUUUUGCCUCACAACUGUUCGCUACUUGGGACAUGACCUCUCCCAGGGUUCCAGGAAGCUUAGCCCGGAACGCGUUAAAGUCAUUAUGGACACUCAGGCUGCGGAGCUCUAUGCUUUGACUCGCGCGUGUAUUUUGGCUCAAGACACAGACGUUACUAUUUACACCGACUCACGCUACGCUUUCGGCGUGGCGCACGACUUCGGCCGCAUUUGGGCGUCUCGGGGGUUUACGACAGCUGACGGUAAGCCCAUUUCUCAUUCUUCACUUGUUACUGAUUUAAUCACUGCCUGUCUCCUUCCGUGCACGUUGGCCAUUGUUAAGACACGCGCGCACACAAGAGGGGACUCAUUUGAAGUAAAGGGCAAUUCAUUCGCUGAUCGAGUCGCUAAAGCUGCAGCCGCAUCCGGUGUCCUGCCUCCAGGCUUUAACUGCGCUUUAGUUUCUACUGAUCGCAUGGUUAGCGCUGUCUUACCUGACAUAGAUCUCAUUUCCAUCCAGGCCUCGGCCUCUGUGGCAGAUACGCAGUUCUGGGACGCCCAGGGCGCGACAGAGAAGAGUGGCGUUUUGCUUGACGCACAGGGCCGUCUUUGUUUACCUCGUCACUGUACUCCCUUUCUCGUCCGCGAGUUCCAUGGUCCCACUCAUCGCGGCCGAAGAGGGGUAGUGGAGGAUAUGAACAGAACAUUCUGCAUCAAUAAUUUGCACACAGACGCACACAACAUUCUGGACAAGUGUUUAACGUGCGCCCAGAAUAAUCUAUCUAAACCAGGCGCGGUACAUCAGCACCUUCCCAUACCCGACACGCCUUUCCAAGAAUGGCAGAUCGACUUCACUCACAUGCCAAAGCAGGGCCCGUUCAAAUACCUUUUGGUCAUGAUUGACAAAUUUUCACGGUGGAUUGAGGCUUUCCCGUGUAGCAAAGAGAACGCCCGAACAGCAGUGAACAAACUUACACAGGAAAUUAUCCCACGUUACGGUCUUCCGGUAGGAAUUGACUCUGAUAAGGGAACGCCGUUCACCUCUAAGGUAACGCAGGAGCUAUGUAAAGACCUCAAGAUCAAUUGGCGUUUUCAUAUCCCAUACCAUCCACAGUCCUCUGGCAUUGUGGAGCGCGCGAAUAGAACAAUUAAGGGUAAGUUGCGUAAGGCUAUGCAAGACGCAGGCACGAAAAAUUGGGUCCAAGUUUUACCGUUGGUCCUUGCUGAUAUGCGCAUGACUGCUCAGGUCGCUCUCGACAAUUUAUCUCCGUACGAGCUCGUCAUGGGACUCCCCUUUCCUGUCCCUUGGCGUAGAGGCAUGCAGGUUAUAGGAACGGGUGAUCUUGAAGUACAUCUCAGCGAGUACGCGGUGGGUCUCAUGCGGGUGCUGGAUGAGUAUUGGGCGAGAGUAAAUUCCAAAAAGCCUCCCAUUCCAGAGGCACACACUCACCCCUUUGAGGUAGGGGACAGAGUUUUAGUAAAGAGAUUUGCUAAACUAAACGCUCCCAUGGAGGAGUCACCCUACAGUGGGCCCACCGAUGUACUCGCUGUAACUCGCACGGCUGUGCUAACGGACCUUUUUCCACAGUGGAUCCAUGCCAGCAGAAUAAAGAAGGCUCCAAUGUAAUAGACAUCUAUAUUGUUGAUGCUUAACAGACUUUUGUGUUUCAGAAAGUUGCUGUGACAAUAGCUGACGGCCUUUUCAGGGAUCCCCUUCCAGCAUCUGGAGCAAUCCAGUUUCGGCUGAUCUACAAAGAGGGGAUGGUUGGUGAGUCUUGCAAAGUUCUGGGCUGAAGAGUCUGAAAUGCACGGGAGCCUGUGACAUUUUUCGCCGUCUGCACCCUGUGAGCAUUAGAGAACAAAGUCAGUGACCAGUAUGACUUUCUUCAUCAUCGUGCUGAUCUCAACGCUUGGGGCAGGGUUACCCGCACAAGCAAUACACCGGGACCCAAGGAAUAACGAGUUUUGGAAAUAUGUAAACUUCACUGUAAAAACAUCAAUGAAUAUGAGUAAACCCUGCUAUGUGUGUUCUUUGUUACCCCAUGACAGCAGCGCUCCCUUUCCGGUCCGAAUAGCCCCGUCUAACUACUCUGAGGUUAAUAUGACAUGGCUCAGCCUGUGGCCCUCGUAUAAUCAAACUAAGGUUUUCCUGACAGACAAUACAGACCCAGAGGUAAGGUUGUCAAUACACUGGGAUACCUCUAUGAAUUAUUCAGUAUGCUUUCAUCGAUAUGAAGGUAACAGUACGGAAGUAGACCGAGAGGCGUUCAAUCACUGUAGUCUUUCGAACCCAACCGUAUGUAUCCGGAAAAAUGUUUCUUCCCCCUGGCAGAAAGGUCUACCUGGCUGCCGUUGUCAAUAUACCUUUAACCUGAAACAGGACACGGCGGGACGUACCAUGUUUAAUUCUGACCACCCGAUCUGGCUACCAGAUUGGUAUUGGGAUUGCGACCGGGGUAAGUUGUGGUCUUACCUUCCCUCUCUUCAACGCGGCCUGUGUGCCCUGGUUCAGGUCCAGCAUGCAUUUACUGUUGUGCCCGUCCCUGAGGUUCUCAAUACGGGCCGAAGGCGGCGAUCCGUAGACGACGAUUUUUUCCCGCCUCGUGAACAUCAAUUAGAAAGCAAAUGGAAUAAAUUUUGGCAAUCGUUGGUCCCACAAUACGGUCUAACACAGGUAUGGAACCAACUAGAAGUAACUCACUAUCGUCUUGCUACCUUUGUUAAUGCUACUAACGCCACUAUGGAAGGCAUCCGCGUCGAACUAACGGCGCUGCGCUUAAUGACAACCCAGAAUCGAAUGGCUUUAGACAUACUUCUCGCUAAAGAGGGCGGUGUUUGUGCAAUGAUAGGCGACUCUUGCUGUACCUUCGUUCCUAAUAAGGACGACGAAAGCUUCAGGGAGAUUGCAAAACAAUUAGGAAAGAUGCGACAGGUAGCUCACGAUUUACAUAUGGACGAGCAAGCUAGCUCGCCCUGGGGAUGGGGGUGGUUGCACGUUUUGUUCGGAGGUCUGGCUCCUUAUAUCUCUAUGAUCAUUCCCGUUGUGUUUAUUGGCCUUCUGGUAUGCCUGUGUGGCCCGUUUCUUUUCCGUUGUUGCAUGGAUCGUAUAUAUAAUAUGAUGAUCUCGCACACAGGUUAUGUCCCUGUGUCGGCCACGACUGGGGUGUGAAUAAUACUCUGGGCUUGCGUCAGAGUAUUAAAGAGGGGAUUGUAAGAAUAUAAUCCUGAAUACUCCUAAACCUACUCUUGUAAAUGCGCGGCCCAAGGGUGACUGUCGUUUAGUGUAACAGUUUAGGGUUUACUUUAGGCCAGCUACAAUACGUGCUGCUCUGUACAUUUUGCACUUCCACAUGUUCUGUUCCCGUUUCAUAUCCUGAUUUUGUAUAUGUUUUCGUGUGAAACAUCCUGUUAACUGUGCAUAACUCUUGUGUGACCUUGACUGUGUGCAAAGCACAUUCUGUAAUUUUCCACUGCUGACACUCCCUGCGAGGAGUGUAUAUAAACGCCCCGACGCAGCUGCGCGUUGGGCACGGCUGAGAAUAAACCAGAUUGAUUUAA